UUCCCUAUUGUUUAUGUAUAAGUCCUGACACACUUCCUCCCCCUUUUCCAGAUUUCCUUCCAAAAAAGCUCCAUAAAAUGAUUCUUUAUUAAUUUCUCUAAUUUACGAACACAAAAGUCUUUCUGCAUCAUCAUCAUCAUCACGAUAUUCAGUAGUCCACUAGAAUGCCACCGGAUUUCCCAUUGCCGCCACCCGAGACCUACUCAGCCAUAUCACCGCCGCCUUCCGCCUACCACCACCGCCACACUCACUCCCCCAUCAUUCUAUCCGUCGUAGCUGCCGCCUUAGCCCUGUCCUUUUUCUUCCUCUUCGCCUUCGCUUACCGGAAAAUCUCGCGCAAGAGAACGGUCCCCGCAGAUCUCAAGUCUCCUCCGCCGCCCCAUCGGUUCUCAUACUCCCUCCUCCGCCGCGCCACUGACUCAUUCUCCCCCUCAAACCGUCUCGGCCAGGGAGGUUUCGGCUCCGUCUACAAAGGCCUCCUUCCCUCCGGACAAGAAGUCGCCGUGAAGAUAAUGGACACUGCUGGAUCCCUCCAGGGAGAAAGGGAGUUUCAGAACGAACUCUCACUCGCUUCCCGGGUCGACCCGACUUGCUGCCCGCACGUGGUGUCCAUUUUAGGAUUCUCCUCCGACGAGAAGGGCCGGAGAAGGAGGUUAGUUCUGGUGUACGAGUAUAUGGAAAACGGAAGCUUACAAGAUGCUUUAAUGGACCGGAAGUGUCCCGAGCUAAUGCAAUGGGGGAAACGGUUUUCAAUUCUGGUUUCCAUUGCAAAAGGCAUUGAAUACCUUCACUCCUCCUGCGACCCCCCGAUUGUGCACGGCGACAUUAAGCCCUCGAAUGUACUGCUUGAUCAAAACUUCGACGCCAAAAUUGCAGAUUUCGGGCUAUCCCAAUCCCUCAAUAGAGAAGACGAAGGAUGGGAGGAGAAUCUAGGGUUUGGAAAUAUGGAUGAAAGAAACGGGUCAAUCCUCGAGGGGAACGAGACUGGGAUUUCAGAAGAAGCUGCGAUUGAUGCCGUGGGAUCGCCGGAAAGUUGCUGCAUUAAGAUUCUCGAUGAAGGGGAGGAGGAAACCCCACUUUCAGAAUCGGAAGGAGUUCUCGACGGGGUCAGUAUGGACAGCGCAAUUUCACGAGGAAACGAGAGGAAAGACUGGUGGUGGAAACAGCAGCAGGACAAUGUAAAUGGCGGCGGUUCCGAAUCGGGUCGGGUCAAGGACUAUGUGAUGGAAUGGAUGGGCAGCGAAGUUAAGACAGAUAGACCUAAGAAGGAUUCAAUUGACGAUCACAAGAAGAAGAAGAAAAAUGACAAGAACAGGAAACACAGGAAGCCAAGAGAAUGGUGGCGGGAAGAAUUCUGCGACGAACUAACAAAGAAGAAAAAGAAGAAGCGGGCGGCGUCCAACGGCGGCGAAUCGUUGUGGCAAAGGGAGGAGGAGGAGAGCGGGCCAGGGAGGAAAAGGCGGCGGAGCAAGGGGAGCAGGGGCAGCAUUGACUUUUGGAUAGAUAGUUUAAGCGGAGAAUUUCGAAUCGGUGGUGGGAAGAGGAACAGCCUAGACUUCGGAAAUGACGGAAAUAUCCCCAAGAGUGGCGGCGUAACGAGUACCCCUAGCAUGAGAGGGACGGUUUGUUACAUCGCGCCGGAAUACGGCGGCGGAGGGAUUCUUUCCCGGAAGUGCGAUGUUUACAGCUUUGGCGUUCUUCUUCUCGUUUUAGUCUCCGGCAGAAGACCGCUCCAGGUCACCGCUUCUCCCAUGGCGGAAUUCGAGAGGGCGAAUCUUGUUUCGUGGGCCCGGCAGCUGGCCCACAGUGGCAAACUAUUGGAUCUUGUUGACCCGAAUAUACAGUCAUUGGAUCAGGUGCAGGCUUUGCUUUGUAUAACAAUUGGGCUGCUUUGUUUGCAGAGAUCGCCCAACAAACGGCCCACUAUGAAAGAAAUAGUGGGGAUGCUCUGUGGUGAUUCAGAUCCACCGCCAUUGCCGUUUGAGUUUUCCCCAUCACCUCCUUCAAGUUUCCCUUUCAAGUCCAGGAGAAAGCCCAGGUGAAGAACACUUGGGAAUGAGAAGAAGAAGAAGAACUUCUCGUUUGUUUUUAAGUUUUUUUUUUGCUUUUCUCAUUAUUAUUAUGAUGAUGAUGGAGAAAAGUCACUAAAGCUCUAGGAGUCUAGGUAUCCAUUGACUUUAAUUAUUUAUUUGUUUAUGAUAUUUAUUUAUUUGUUUCCAAAAGUAGUUGUAAUUUAGGAAUCCCCAGCAAAAAGGCAAAGGGAAAGAGAGAUUCAUGGGCUUUGUUGUUCUCACCUUUUCAAAAGCAUUUGUGUGGUUGCAUUAUUGUAACUUUACUGAGCUUUCAAAUGAUAUAGAGCAUGUGCAAAUCUCCAAAUACGACUAAUGUAGAGCUCGAAAUAAAUCAUGAAUAAUUG